CAGCCACACAGGCGCGACAGCGCUGAAUAGACGCGAUGUGACACCUGUGACAGUACGCGUCUGGCCACGCCGCCACAAUCGCGCGGGGAGCGCCGCUCUGCAUCUGCUUCGUCUCUACUUCAUUCUGCGGUCCCCAGUAUCUCAACGAUUCCCUGUCUGGCCUGUUCAUUCUCCUCUCACCUGGUUACUGGUUUGAAGGUGGAUAAUGGGGUUCACUGGCUUGGUACGAUGGACCAAUGCCCCCUCGACUGGCGUGGACCUGAUACGUCACAACAUCAUAAUGAAUCAUCAAGGCGUUCUACGGGGAAGGUGGCAGGUUGGACUGAGCUCCUGGCGGUCACGUUUCACAGGAGAAUCGAGCGAUAUGAGGAGUCUUGAACGUCCACUUUACACCGUAACCAUGAAUGAGAACACCUUCGUCAUGCUCGAGGACCCGGCGGCGCCCAACAGAGGCGACUACUUGAGGCUCAAAGUAGCCCAUGAACAGGGACAGCCCCCACAGCCCUUUCUAGCAGUACCUCCUCCCCACUAUCACUAUACCCUUGUCACUGUAAGUCCGCCGGGGGCGCUAGAACAACUCAUGUCCCACCUGGGUGUAGUUGGCAAGCGCUGGGUGCGCACUGGUGGGGAGAAGGGCCAAGGCUCUGGUCACCAUCUGAACAUUGACGGAUAUAUAUUUUCAAUCGGCAAUGACUGGCUCGUCCGCUUUGGCCAUGUUAUGUGGGCGGAGGCGCCGUGAAAGGAUUGCUCAUUGAGGCUGAAUACUUGCCCUUGCCCGACCUGCAUACCGAAGGAGGAGAGGGUCGAUCCGAGCUGCUCUCGGACUUCCUUUCCUCGACCAUCCCCUUGCUCCCAGAUUCGGAGAUCUGGACAGUUGCCGUGAGUGACGAGAUGUGGGCCGAGGUACUCGCUGGGCUGGAUGAGGAUGAUACCGAAGAGGAAGGGGAGAAGAUGGACGAGGACGAGGAGGAUUUGUUCCUCUCGCCUGAUUUUCUCCCAACCCCACGAAAGACCGACUG